GACAUGUCUGAGGCUGGUCCUGCUGAUACUUCGGCUAAUCGUUCCAACAGAUAUGUUGAAAAGGAAGAUGAAGAUGACUCAAAUACAUUCAAAGUUCUGAUAUCAACUGAUAACCAUCUAGGCUACAAUGAAGAGUGUCCCAUCCGCUGCAAUGACUCGUUCAACACUUUCGAAGAGGUUCUCCAGUUGGCGCAAAAAGAGCAGGUUGACUUUGUGUUGCUGGGUGGGGAUCUGUUCCACAAGAAUAAACCCUCUCGCAGAUCUCUUUUCAAGUGCAUAAAUCUUCUCAGGAAGUACUCACUGGGAAACAAACCCUGCUCCUUCGAGCUACUCAGUGACCCCAAUCAGACUUUUCCGCACUCCUCUUUUCCAUGGCUUAAUACAGAAGAUUCGAAUUUGAAUGUGGGCAUUCCAAUUUUUUCCAUAAAUGGCAAUCACGACGACCCCACUGGAUCCGACAACCUAUGUGCACUGGACAUCCUUAGUGCCUCGGGACUAGUGAACUUCUUCGGCAAGGUUUCCCAACUGGACGAAAUUAAUAUCAGCCCUCUCGUAUUUAGAAAAGGAAACAGCAAACUCUGUCUGUUUGGCUUGAGCUCCAUCCGCGACGAGCGACUGCACCGUAUGUUCAGAGGCGGCAAAGUGAACAUCCUCUUUCCCGAACAUCAGGAGUCAGAGCAGGAGAACUGGUUCCAUUUGAUGGUGCUGCACCAGAACCACGCCAGACACGGACCCACAAACCACAUACCGGAGUCAUUUCUCCACCCAGGACUUGACUUGGUAGUGUGGGGGCAUGAGCAUGAGGCCAUGGAAAAACCCAUCUACAAUCCCUCUCAGGACUUCUACGUUCUACAGCCCGGAAGCAGUGUGGCAACAUCCCUGUCGCCGGGCGAGGCAGUCCUUAAGAACUCCUGGAUCCUGCACGUUCGCGGAGACCAGUUCAAAGCUGACAAAGUGCCUCUGCAGACCGUGCGGCCAUUUGUGUUUCGAGAUUUGAACCUGUUCGAGGAGUCUCAGAUAGACAAGCGGAAGCCCAAGAGCAAAGAGAAGGUGAACAAGUUCUGCUGUGACAUAGUGCAGCAGAUGCUGGAUCAGGCCAAGUUACAGCACACUGGACAUCCCAUGCAACCAGUGGACAAGCCUCUAUUGCGCCUUCGAGUGCACUUUACUGCAGACGGCCAGUCUGCCUUGAAUGACGUCACUAACAAUGGUUCCGGCGGAGAUGCUCCCCUGAACUUAGCUAUGUUUGGUAGACAGUUUCUGGAUCGGGUGGCCAAUGCAAAAGAUCUAGUGACACUUCAUCGCAAGACUGAACAGGAGGCAAGAGCCAGGAAUGCGUUAAUGAAGAGUCUGGGUUCCGACAUGCGAGAUGCCAUGAGCAGUUCAGUAAUUGAGAACAACUCUGUGAAUCUACACACGACAGUCGUGGAUCUUGUGAAGGAGUUCUUCCACUCGGCAGAUGAGAGUGAGCACAAGUACAAACUGUCCGUACUGACCGAGACUGGACUAUCUCUGGCUACGCAGGAGUACGUAGAGAAAGAGGAAGCGACGGCACUGCACUCUAUCGUGAAGCACCAGAUCAAGAAAACUGUGCAAUAUACUGUUGAUAAUUUGAAAGUAACUCCAGAUGACGACUCUCAGUUUGAAGACGAAAUAGUGAAAUACAGAAAAGACAGGCUCGUCAAAGCCAAAGAACUGCUGCAAAAAACAAUGAGUCAAACUAGUUCGACCAACAUGACUACUGGUUUAGAAGACACAAAAAUAACAGAAUCUCAGCAAGAGGCUAUAGCCGAAUUAGCAGAGGCGUUGAAGCACCACAAAGACGAUAAGUCAGUGAAGGAAGAAAUCGACCUCACAACUCUGAUAGACGACGAAGAUCAAGAGGAAUACAAGAAGAUCCUGGAAUCCACCCGGAUCCAGAGUCGAGGAGCUGCAUCAGCUAGAGGAUCAAGAGGGAGGGGAAGAGCAAGAGGGGCGAAAACCUCGACAUCGGGGUCAUCUAGCCGAGGUAUCUCUGGUAGAAAAGUGGGAAACAACAAUACUCUGGAUCUGACAAAAAUUACAAGCAAUAAGACCCAGUCUAAAUUGCAAUUGACAAACGAUGAUCCAGAAGAGGAUGCGGAUGUCUCAUCUUUCUUGGGAGGCAGAGCUUCAAAGAGGUCGGCAAAAAGAACAGCUGCUAAUAUUCAUGCAAACGGAUCAGAUAUUGAUGAUCAAGACGAUGACGAAGAUGGCAAUGAUUUCACAACGGGAAAAAACGACAGAAGAGCAAAAGAUGAAAGUCAAAAUGUGUUCAGCAGAAGAAUGACUGCUGUUAUGCGAAACACUUUAAGUGCCAAUAUGACUGCAUCUCCGUCUAAUAUAUUCUCUGGGUCAGAGCGGAGUUCAACAUCGGGAAAUCAAGCAAAACUUGCUCGACGUUUUUGAGUUUAGGCAUAUAGAUGUUAUUAACUUGGGAUUUGUUUUCG